AUGUGGGCCAAGUCUGCGUUGCUUGCGAUCAUAUCCCAUGUACCUUUUUACUGGCAGCAAGGUGCCGUCAAAAUUGAGGUGGCACAGCGUCCACGAAAGUCAGUGUAUCCUUUGCUGUCGAUCAGAGAAGCUGUAGAGACAAUUUUUAAACACUGCCACAGCACUAAAAUCGAAGCCAAAAAUUUGACGAACUGUUUGGGGUUCGUGUGCGCGGAAGACGUAUUCACUGACGAGCCAGUCCCUGCUUUCCGGGCUUCGAUAAAAGAUGGCUAUGCCGUUCUCGCCGAAGACGCAGAUGGUGUCCGAAAAGUGGUCUCUUCCCAAAAUGCCGGUGAUGAGGCAUCUUUUGUGCUAGAGCCUAUGACUUGUGUGCGCCUCAGUACAGGAGCAGUCGUUCCGGUAAAUUGCAAUGCAGUGGUUCAAGUGGAGGAUACAGAACUGAUCCAGUCCGAAGGUAAUGAAGAAAAAUCUGUUCGUAUUCUCAGAGCUCCAGAAGUUGGUCAGGACAUAAGGCAGAUCGGUAGUGAUCUUGAUGUCGGAGAAUGUGCACUGAAAAGAGGCACAAAAAUAACCUCGGCCGAAAUCGGAAUUCUGGCUUCUUUGGGUAAAACGACUGUACAUGUUUUCAACCAACCGACGGUGACCAUUUUCUCUACGGGAAACGAAUUACGAUCUCCUAGUACUGUACCUCUACCAAAAGGUAAGGUACGUGAUAGCAACAGUAUGCUGUUGGGCAGUCUUUUAAAAAGCUACGGAUUUUUGGUCCAUGACUGGAAAAUUGUUGGGGAUGAAAGCGAUGAAAUAAUGUCCGCUUUCUGUGGUUCGAUGUUCGAUACGGAUGUUGUAAUAACUACCGGUGGUGUAUCGAUGGGCGAAAAAGAUCUUAUCAAACAGGUGUUGCAGACGGAUUUAAAGUUCGAUAUACACUUUGGAAGGGUCUUCAUGAAGCCGGGCAAACCAACCACCUUUGCUACGGGAAUUUUCAAUGGUAAAAAGAAACUAGUGUUUGCCUUGCCGGGAAAUCCGGUAUCAGCAUGGGUUACGGCCCACCUGUUCGUCAUCCCCGCGCUGUAUCGAAUGUCGGGAUUAGAUUUUUUCUUCAACGAGAUCAAUUUUAAGGGUGACGAAUACGCGCUAGACGAACGCCCUGAAUAUUGUCGUGCUCGUUUCGUGCCAUAUGACGACGAGGAAGACACAGACUGUCCGUCAGUAGAGCUGGUGGACAAUAACCAAAUCAGCAGCCGACUCCUCUCUACUCGAAACGCUCAACUCUUGCUUAAGUUGCCUCAGAAAUCUCGCAGCCGAACUCAUCUGCACACCGGGGAUAUCGUCAGGGCGAUGGUUAUUGGCGUUUAA